GAGCACUUUUUCCUCUACAUCAAUUUUUUUGGCAACAAUCAAUUGGUAUUUGGAAUCCAACAAUUUCCAGGAAAUCGCUCUUAUUAAAAGGGCCGUUUUGGAUUGAAGAGAGAGAGAGAGAGAGAGAGAGAGCACCUCAUCUCUCAUUUCUUAGUGAGAUUUCCAGAACAAGAAAUAAACAAUCAAAAAGACAAACGGCAAGAAGAGAAGGGUGCAUUGAAUUUUCUAUCAUCAUCGCCCUUCUUUAUCUUCUCUCCUCCUCCUCCUCACCUCCUCUUGUGUCUUUAUAUUUGAUUCAAACCCAUCAUCUUCUUUGUACCAAGACGCUUUCUCUUCACGUUUAGGAUUUUACCAACAGCGGCAUGGCCUCACACUCUUCAGAGGAAUCUUCUUUAAGGGGGAAGAGGCCACUAACUAUAGACCUCAACCAUCCAGCUCCAUGUGAGGAGGAGGUUCUAAAUACCAGAUUUACCUUGGGCAAUAGCCAACAAGGUCAAGAAGAAGGACAUGGUUGGUUAGGACCACAAACUUCAAAUGAUUGUGUGGUCAUUGACGAGGACAUUGCUUUCAUAUCCCCAGUGAUAUAUGCCCAAUCCAAGAAUAAUUCCAGAAGAAACCUUGAUGGGAGGGAUGUUGUAGCUACCAAUACAGAAAUGCACAGUGGCCAUUCAGAUUGGGUUGCUCAAAUUCCUCAACUUCCCCUUCAUUGCCACAAGCGCAAAAGAACUUUACGAAAUCAAGCUGUUUUGAAUUGGGAGCUUCACUUUAGCUCAGAAGACAGUGACAAGAACAAGAUAGAGGAAGUACCUUCUACUCAACUUCCCGAGAGCACACCACCUCAAGAGAUACCUUCUUUCAGCUGCCCAAUAUGUUUGGGCCCUUUAAGUGAAGAAACAUCAACGAAGUGUGGUCACAUCUUCUGCAAGAUGUGUAUUGAAGCAUCAAUAAAAGUUCAGCACAAAUGCCCAACUUGUCGUAAGAAGCUUAGAAUGAAAGAUACCAUCAGGGUGUACCUUCCUACCAAAUGAUUGCAGAGCGGUUAGGUAUCAACAUUGGGUAAAAGAUAUAACUUUUGUCAAAGCUUGCACAAGAUGUAUGGGGCGUAUUGUUUUGUUGGGGCUCUGCUAGUUCUAGAUCUUAUAGGUUAGCUAGCUCAGGCAUGUGUAAAGUUCAGAAUUAUAAAAUCUUCUAAUCAUUGGGCUUUUGUCAAACUGGUUCCUAGAGACCCUCAGGCAUUGCACUUUGAUGUUCCCUCAAGCAUUAAUGUGUGGUGCUAGUAUAAUUCUUUCCUUGAUUUGUAGGUUAUGUAACAUUUGAUUCAAAUUGGACAAAUACGCUUUCUCCACUGUUUUGGCUCGACCAAAAUAGUGAGAAAAUGUUUGUAUCAAUAUGUACUCUUCUUUGAAACAUUUCUAAUAGAAAAGAAAACACCUCUA